AGCUGUCACACAGGUGCUGUGACAGCUGCAGUGUGAAGCAAUGAGUUUAAAGUGUUUAUAAAAGUGAACAUGAAUAGAAUGGUAGUAUAAUUCGUACCAAUGGUCUAUCUUAGACUUAUUUUCUUGGCUUCAUUAGCAUCCCUGUGCGAGGUGACAUGGGGUCGCUACGUCCCACGGAAAGCGUGCGCGGCGCCCCCAUCUUACUACGCCCCCCCGCCCCCUUAUCACACACACGGUGCCUGCACACCGGAGAAGAGCCCCGAAUGUGCUCUCGGCGAAGUUGUGAACAAACUGACGAACGCCCUGAUCUAUACUACUGUACAUAAUUGUGGGAGGGGAAAUAGCGGUGGUAGUGGAGGUGGUACAGGUGGUCAUGGAGGUGGUACUGGUGGUAACGGUGGAGGUUAUGGAGGUGGUCACGGUGGUCAUGGAGGUGGUCACGGUGGUCAUGGAGGUGGUCACGGUGGUAAUGGAGGUACCGGUGGUGGUACAGGUGGUAACGGUGAUACUGGCGGGAAUACGUUAGCAUCUCUAUUAGGAUUAGACGUGACAUUGCUUGGACAGGACCUUCUCAAUCUCAACGUGUUACCGCUACUCGGUGGUAGCGGUGAUGGUACUCUUACGUUAGGAUCACUGUUAAAUUUAGAUUUGAGUCUACUUGGCCAGCCAUUGCUGACCGCCGGUGUGUUACCUGGUCUUGGUAAAGGGGGUUCUGGUAGCGGCGGAUUAUUGCCUGGAGUCCUCGGAGGGGUUACCGGAGGCUCUGGUGGAGGGGGAUUAGUGCCUGGUCUUCUUAGGGGCGUUACUGGGGAUUCUGGCGGUGGGGGAUUAGUGCCUGGUCUUCUUAAGGGCGUUACUGGGGAUUCUGGCGGUGGGGGAUUAGUGCCUGGUCUUCUUAGGGGCGUUACUGGGGAUUCUGGCGGUGGGGGAUUAGUGCCUGGUCUUCUUAGGGGCGUUACUGGAGGUGGUACAGGGGGUAGUGGCGGUGGUACAAGCGGCAGCGGAGGUGGUAAAGGUUCCUUAUUAGGUGUGGACGUGUCUUUGCUUGGACGGGAUGCUGUUGUAGCAGAUGUGUUGCCUGGUGUCGUUGGUGGUGGCGGUGGUACAGGGGGUAGUGGCGGUGGUAUAAGCGGCAGCGGAGGGGGUAAAGGUUCCUUAUUAGGUGCGGACGUCUCUUUGCUUGGACGGGAUGCUGUUGUAGCAGAUGUGUUGCCUGGUGUCGUUGGUGGUGGCGGUGGUUUGUUAAAUUUAUAGACCUCCAAUCUACCAUCUUAGCUACUUAUUUGCGGAAUGUAUGGCAACCAUUUUUUUUUAGUUAAAUCAUAAAAUAAUUUACGUUUUGCUGUUGCUUUAAAUAUUAAUUGACAAUAUUCACUAAGUGACUUAAACCUCUAUCAUGUUAAAAUAAUAGCCAGUAAAUUGCACACUGUAAAUAAUGUUUUAUGUAUUACAUUAACAGUAAUACAUAUUCCUGUAUCAGACUUACUUAACUAAGAGAUUACUCAUACUCAUACUCAUACUCACACCCUGUAGAUGUUGUAUUUAAUAAAGCGUGCAUAUAAUAAU